AUAGGAUGGCUAGGGAAAUCCUCACUGCGAAAGUGUUAUUUAAGCUCAAGUCUUGAAAGAGGUGAGGGCAGCAGCCUUUUGGUAUACGUUGGGGACUAGCAUUCCAGGCAGAGGCAAAAGCAAAUGCAGAGGGGCUGAAAAGGAGCACGUCCAGCCAGUGGAGGGAAGAGCAAGAAUAGUGGCUGUAAAGGAGAGAGCCGGGGAGGGUGAUGGGAAAUGAGGACCGAGAGAGUAAUGGGAAAGGUAGGGUGAAGAGAGAGAUGAGUGUGACACAGAGCAGCCCUGAGUACGGAUUUAAGCUAGGACGGUGUCCAAACAGGAACUGCAGGCUUUCCUUACUUCAAAGCGGGACGUUAACGCCCAGUCCCCAGGCCCCGCCUCUGCUGCUCCGGGGCCGGAACUCUAGGGCUACUGAGCUGGACCGGAAGUAGAUUUUUACCCGACCGCAUUUUACUUGCUGCUGCACUUCCGGUAGCGGCGGCGGGAAAUCGGCUGCGGGAGAGAGGCUAGGCCUCUGAGGAGGCGAAUCCGGCUGGGAUCAGCGCCAUCAGAACCGCCACCAUGACGGUGGGCAAGAGCAGCAAGAUGCUGCAGCAUAUUGACUACAGGAUGAGGUGCAUCCUGCAGGACGGCCGGAUCUUCAUUGGCACCUUCAAGGCUUUUGACAAGCACAUGAAUUUGAUCCUCUGUGACUGUGAUGAGUUCAGAAAGAUCAAGCCAAAGAACUCCAAACAAGCAGAAAGGGAAGAGAAGCGAGUCCUCGGUCUGGUGCUGCUUCGAGGGGAGAAUCUGGUUUCAAUGACAGUAGAGGGACCUCCUCCCAAAGACACUGGUAUUGCUCGAGUUCCACUUGCUGGAGCUGCCGGGGGCCCAGGGAUCGGCAGGGCUGCUGGCAGAGGAAUCCCAGCUGGGGUUCCCAUGCCCCAGGCUCCUGCAGGACUUGCUGGGCCAGUCCGUGGGGUUGGCGGGCCAUCCCAACAGGUUAUGACCCCACAAGGUAGAGGUACUGUUGCAGCCGCUGCAGCUGCUGCCACAGCCAGUAUUGCCGGGGCCCCGACCCAGUACCCACCUGGCCGUGGAGGUCCUCCCCCACCUAUGGGCCGAGGAGCACCCCCUCCAGGCAUGAUGGGCCCACCUCCUGGUAUGAGGCCUCCUAUGGGUCCCCCAAUGGGGAUCCCCCCUGGAAGAGGGACUCCAAUGGGCAUGCCCCCUCCGGGAAUGCGGCCUCCUCCCCCUGGGAUGCGAGGCCUUCUUUGACCCUUGGCCACAGAGUAUGGAAGUAGCUCCGCAGAGGCGUGGGCUCGAUUCCUCAGGGCCACGUUACCACAGACCUGUUUGUUUCUUAUGCUGUUGUUCGUGGAGUCUCAUGGGAUUGUCUGGUUUCCCUUACAGGGCCCCCUCCCCCGGGAAUGCGCCCACCAAGGCCCUAGACUCAUCUUGGCCCUCCUCAGCUCCCUGCCUGUUUCCUGUAAGGCUGUACAUAGUCCUUUUAUUUCCUUGUGGCCUAUAAAACUAGUUUAUAAUAAACUUAAGAGAACAUUGUAA